AUGAAAAUUAAAGUAGAAUUAAUAAAUGGAAAUGAACACAGAUCAAGUGGUAGUCAUCAAGGACCAACAGUAUCACAUAUUUUUGAUGGAGAAACAGCAGUUAAAGAUCAUAUUAAGGUAUUACUCGCACAUUUCAAAAUACCAAUAGAUAAAGUAUCAAGCUAUGCAUUACAAAACCCAAAUACAUUAACCUAUGUUGAAGAUUUAUUUUUAACACCCGAGAAGUUAGUGGAAGCAGAGAAAAGCUAUUUUAUCCUCAGAAUGAAACCAAUUGCUAUUGCAGACCGUGUUGUAGAGAUUUUAAAAGAUUCAAACUCAUCAUCGAUCAAAGAUACAAUUUUCAAUAUACGUUACCAAAUGAAAGAUGUAGAAUAUGUCGAAGAGUUUAUCGCAAAAGGAGGUAUCAACCAUUUAUUGGCAGUAAUCAUAAGGAGCAGAGGCAAUACACAAUCAUAUGCUUUAACCGCCCUCCGUUGCUUUAUGGGUUAUAAUAGUGGUCUUGAAGAGGUUAUGGGUAGACCCCAUUUAAUAGAUAGAUUGUAUGCGUUGGUUUGUACAUCAGGAAUUUUACCAAGUGUAUGUAGACAAGCUUUAGAGCUGUUAUUUUGUGUGUGUAAUUUCGAUGGUUUCAAUUUAGUGCAUAGAGCCUCAAAGAACUAUGCAUUGGAAACAGGUACUCCUCCCUAUAGUAUAUUAAUUGCUCUUCUUGCAAGCGGUGAUAUGGAGACUCAAUUAAAUACAUUAACCCUAUUCAACUGUCUUUUGGAUAAUGCACCAAAUCCCAGAAAAAAUGAAAAGCUUUUAUCUAGAUGGCAAACCCUUGGUAUAGUUAAAAUAUUAAAAUCACAAGAACAUGUAACACAUUCAGACUUUAGAACCCAAAUUGCAAGAUUUCAAACAAACUCUGGCUUUGGGAUUGAUGGCUGUGGUCGAAAAAGAACUCUAACAAGACAACUAUCGAAUCAAGAGUUGGAAUAUCAAUUGCAUCAAUUUAGAGAACAACAACCAUUAGUUCAUCUAUUAACUAUGGAAUUAAAAUUCCUAAGAAACGCUAUCAAAUCAGCAAUUGAAAAUGGUUCAUAUAUAAACUAUAGAGCACCAACUGAAAGAUAUGAUGAAUAUACUGCAAAAAAAAUGGAAAUAGUUGGAGAUACACCAACAAAUUUAUUAUUUUUAAAAAGAAACGAUAAAUUUACAAGUGCUUUUAGAAAAUCAAUGUAUGUAAGAUCUCCAAAUACUUCUGAUCUCUUUGAUCAAACCACUUUGGAUGAAACAUAUGAUUCAUCAGAUGAAUUUGAAUCAUCAUCUGCAACUACUACCCCAAAUCAAUUACCAAUCAAUCUCCAACAACAUUUUCAACAAAAAGUUCAUCCACAGCAACAAUCACAACAAAACUCACCAUUAUUAAUUAAAGAUAAACCAUCAAAAACAAAUGAAGAGGAAGAUAACUCCAAUAUAAAUACUAAUAGCAAUAGUAAUAAUAAUUCUAAUAAUAAUAUAAAUAACAACAAUAGCACUGCCUUAAAUACAACACCAACAUCUAACAAAUCUACACCAACACCUAAACCAGCUCACUCUUUUUUACUAUCACCAAUUACAAUUUCAAGUCAUAUGAAUGCCAUGAACCAACAAAAACAAGAAUCUUCACCACCCCAACCAACUAAUGAAAAAGAGGUUAAUUUAUCACCCAUCCAAAAUAAUAAUCAACUUAAUGAACAAAUUAAAUCCAAAAUUCAACCAUCCAAACCACCAAUUAAUCCACAAAAAAGAAUGAAACCAUUACAUUGGACAAGAGUAUUAAAUGGACAAUUUAGUGAAAAAAAAACAAUAUGGAACUCAUUUUUACCAGAGGUUAAAUUUGAAGAAGAAUUGUUUAUUGAUUUGUUCUCAUUAUAUACCGAAAGAAUAGUAUCAUAUAAUGUAUCACCAACUUUUGGCAGUUCUAGUAUAAGCGGCCCAACUAAAUCAAGACCAAUUCAAAGAGUAAUAUCAGUAUUGUCUCAAAAAAGAUCAAAUGCCAUAACAGUUUUGUGUGGUAAAAUUCUACCAGAUGAAAGUUUAAUAAAAGCAAUUAGACAACUAGAUUCAAAUAAAUUAAGUUUAGAAAAUAUCAAUAAUAUUUUGUCAAAUUUCCCAACACCAGAAGAGUUGGCAUCAAUUCAUGAAUUGCAUUCAAAUGAUGUUAUUUUAGAUAAACCCGAAAGAUGGUGUUUAAUGAUAGAUGGCUUCCCAAAGAUUAAGCAUCGUUUAAAAACAUGGGAAUAUUUAUUAAAGUUUGAUGAACUUCUUAGAAUCAUAGAUGAAGCUGUUGAUACCGUAUCAAUUGCAUCAAAAGAAUUACGAUCAAGUCAAACCAUCAAUUUUUUGUUCUCACUACUAUUAUCAUUGGGCAAUUAUUUAAACGGUGGUCACCCCUAUAGAGGUCAGUGCGAUGGUUUUAAUUUAGAAUCAAUAAGCAAAAUGAUAGAAUUAAAAGACAAUACAAAUAGUGGUUCAUUACUUGACUUUGCAAUUAAAACACUUUAUCAAACCGUUUUAAGAACUCAAAAUACAACAAUUCAUAAUGAACUAUCACAUGUACCACAAGCAUCGUUAAUUAAUUUCACAGAAAUGGGCAGUCAAUUAGCAAAACUUUCAUAUGAAUUUAUAGAGGUAAAACAUAUGGCUGAAGAAAUAAUUUCAACAACCGAUCAAGAUGACCCAUACCUUAUUGUAGUACCCAUAUUCCUUGAAAAUGCAAAUAAAUCAUUAAAAUCACUCACUAACAAAUUUGUUGAAACUGAAAAGCUUCUCUUUGAAACCAUCGACUACUUUAAUCCAUCUAAUCAAUCUCUUCAACAAUAUCAAUAUCAACAAUGUCAAAACCUACAACAACAACAAAAUCAAUAUUAUCAUCCAACCUUAUCCCCACCACCAAUCAAUACAAACUCAAUUUCCCUUCAAAUGACCAGUUCAUUAAAUAUAUCAUCACCAGAAUGGAAUAGUCAAAAAUUCACUUGUGAAAAAUUCUUUACUCUUUUUAGCACAAUUAUUACAGCAUUCAAAAAAUCACCAUCAAAAAGAUUAUCACAAAAAGGUUUUGGUCUUAAAAUUAGUAAUACAGACGAUCCAAUGGCUGUAAUUAUUGAAGCUUUAAAAACCGGUUCACCAAAUGACAUGACUUACAGAAGCCGAAGCAUCGAAAGAAAAUAAAAAAAAAAAAAACCCAUUUAAAGAAAAAAAAAAUACAAAUUGAAACCUAUCCUUAAAUAAAAAAAAUAAAAAAAUUAUAUAAGGAAAAAAAAAAAAUCAUAAAAUAAAUUAAAUAUAAAUUUAG